AUGUCCCUCAUCCGGAAGCUGCUCCGCCUCACUGCCCCGACCCGCCCGCUCGGUUCCGCCGCCGAGUCCCUCAUCCGAGCUCUCCGCCUCACUGCCCCCGACCCGCCCGCUCGUUCCGCCCAGGCAACGAAGCUCCCUCAUCACCGCAAACCUCAUACUCCCCUCAUCGACCGCAACCUCAUACCCCUCAUCGACCCAACCUCAUACUCCCCAUCGACCGCAACCUCAACCCCUAUCACCGCAACCUCAUACUCCCUCAUCGACCCGCCAACCUCAACACCCUCAUCGACCCUCCUCAUCCGAGCUGCUCCGCCUCACUGCCCCGACCCGCCCCGCUCGGUUCCCGGCCGAGGCAACGAAGCCUCAACUCCCCUCAUCGACCGCAACCUCAUAACCCCUCAUACCCUCAUCGACCGCAGCCUCAUACUCCCUCAUCGACCGCAACCUCAUACUCCCCUCAUACUCCCUCAAUACCGCACCUCAUACUCCCCUUCAUCGACCGCGCACAUACCUCAUCGACCGCUCCCUCUCAUCAUCGACCGCCACCUCAUACCCCUCAUACCCCCUCAUAUGGACGCAACCUCAUACUCCCCUCAUAGUCCCUCAUCCGGAGCUGCCGCCUCACUGCCCCGACCCGCCCGCUCGUUCCGCCGCGAGCAACGAAGUCCCCUCAUCGACUUCUCCGCCUCACUGCCCCGACCCGCCCGCUCGGUUCCGCCGGCCGAGGCAACGAAGUCCCUCAUCCGAGCUGCCGCCUCACUGCCCCGACCCGCCCGCUCGGUUCCGCCGGCCGAGGCAACGAAGUCCCUCAUCGAGCUGCCUCCGCCUCACUGCCCCGAACCCGCCCGCUCGUUCCGCCGCCGAGCAACAAGGUCACGAUCAACCCGCCGCCUCAUUUAA